UGUGAUUCUCGUCGACGUGACCGAAGCUCUCUCCUUCCCAAUCAUUUGCUGAAUUCAAUCCCGAUUCCGCCAUCGCCAAACCCUAGCUAAGCUCCACCGGAAAGCCAAACCCCAAAGCCACCACCACCACCGCCACCGCCCUCCCCGCCAUGGCCAAGAAGCGAAAGCUCCGAUCCUCCGACCCGGCCCCGGCCAAACCCGCGGAGCCUCAGGACCAGCAAGAGCCCUCUCAGGCCGGGCAGCCCGAGCCGGUCCCCGAGGAGGCGGCGAAGCAAGAGCCGGAGAGCAUGGCCGUGGACGACUCUGCGCAGAAGAAUCCGGCGGCGUCGGAAGUCGAGCCGCAGAUCGGGGAGCCGAAGGCGGAGAAGGUGGAAGGGAGGCCGGAAGCUGAGGAAGAAGAGCGGGAGCGGGAGCAGGAGCAGGAGGAGCGGACCGAUUUAAAUGCACCGGGCGGGGGCGGCGGCGGCGGCGGCGGCGCGUCGGAGCCGGCAGCAUCGCAGGCGAAUGGAGCUUCGGAGGAGAAUAAUGAAGAGGAAGAAGACGGAGACGAGAUGGACGACGAGCCCGUGGAGAAGCUUCUGGAGCCGUUCACGAAGGAGCAGCUGACUAUGGUUCUCAAGCAGGCCGUGGCUAAGUACCCCGACUUGAUCGAGAGCGUGAGAGGCGUGGCGGACGCGGAUCCUGCUCACAGGAAGAUCUUCGUGCACGGCCUCGGCUGGGACGCCACUGCCGAAUCCCUAAUUUCGGUCUUCGGGAAGUACGGGGAGAUCGAGGACUGCAAGGCGGUCACGGACAGGGUCUCCGGGAAGUCGAAGGGCUAUGCGUUCAUCCUGUUCAAGCAUCGGAGCGGGGCGCGGAAGGCUCUCAAGCAGCCGCAGAAGAAGAUCGGCAACCGCGUCACCUCAUGCCAGCUGGCGUCCACGGGCCCAGUCCCAGCCCCGCCUCCUAGCACGCCUCCUGUUUCGGAGUACACCCUGAGAAAGAUCUUCGUGAGCAAUGUGUCGGCAGACGUUGAUCCUGAGAAGCUGUUGGAGUUCUUUAAGCAGUUUGGGGAGGUUGAGGAUGGUCCUCUGGGGCUCGAUAAACAGACUGGUAAGCCGAAAGGUUUCGCCUUGUUUGUUUACAAGUCCGUUGAGAGUGCUAAGAAGGCUUUGGAGGAGCCGUACAAGACCUUCGAAGGGAUUACUUUGCACUGCCAAAAGGCAAUUGAUGGGCCAAAACCAGGUAAAAACUUCGGCGGGCAUCAACAGCAUCACCAAUACCACCAACCGCAGUAUUCCCAUCCCAGGAAAGACAAAAAUAAGUAUGCAGCUGGUGGUGGGUCGGCUCCAGGACAUUUGAUGGCGCCUCCGGGACCAGCUGUCGCGUUUAAUCCUGGGCCAGCGCAGGCGUUCAAUCCAGCACUUGGACAGGCCUUGACUGCUAUUCUUGCCACCCAAGGAGCUGGGUUGGGAAUUGGUAAUUUGCUGGGAGGUAUAGGAGCACCUCCGAUGAACCAAGGUGGGAUGCCGGGAGGAUAUGCUAGCCAACCUGCCGGAAGCUAUGGGAUGCAACCUGGGAUGCAAGGUGUUUACCAGAAUCCACAGAUGGGUCAGGGGACUUCUGGUAGGCCUCCGCAGAGCGGCGGACCCCCAUACAUGGGACACUAGAUUCCUUCAUAGAUGCAUCAGUCAUUUAGUUUUGGACUCUGGUGAAUCUUCUGAAGUUCCAGGAUCUCUUGCAAAGUAUCUUUAAAUCUGAUUAGGAACUAUUUGUCUUCUAUAGAGAUCCCUAGACCUGAAUCUCAAACUUGUAUCUUAAUUGCUAUUCCAGUACUUUUCCCCUUCACUUGUUUUUAAAAACUUUAUAGUUCUUCAUUUCCAUUUUCUUGUUACGUUGAAAGUGUUGGGGAACAGGUAGAGUUUUCAAGCAGAGAACAUUUCUUUAACUAAAAAUUCACCAUCA